AUGUGAGAAAAGUAUCAAAAUAUGAAUAAUAAUAAUAAAAGUAACUCUGUGCAGUGAGCAGUGACGGGAGUGAAGAGAUUACUGUACACACUGGACAGACAUCUGGUACGAUCUGACCAGAGAUACACUGCGGACGUUUUAUACGUGAUGGACAGAUCAGCUUCCUGUGUUACUCUUGAUUGUGGUAUUAUUUUACCCGCUCUCUGCACCCCUCUUACUGUCUGGGGAAUAUCUGGCAACCCAGCAUGUGGGGGGCUUUUAAAGAAAGUGUGUGUGUGUGUGAGAGAGAGAGAGAGAGAGAGAGAGAGAGAGAGAGAGAGAGAUUAAAACAGGCGUGAGAAAGUGAAAGUAAUAGUCAGAGCUCCUGAUACUGGAACAAACACACACACACACACACACACACACACAGAGCCUGACAUACAGACAGGAGGGUCUCACACCCCGGUGGUCUUCAGCGGCGUAAUCUCAACGAGGACUGUUUCAGUGGAGAGCCACAGAACAAUGAAGACAUGAACUCGUUAAUCCAUGACAUCAGCGGAAUGAAGGGGAGGAGUUGCUCCGUCUGGAUUGUAAUGGCUGGAGUUCUCCUGACUGUGAGGGUGUGUGAUGCUGAAUGUAUUGGGAACAACUUCAAACAACACAUUACCAAUAAUUUAUUAGCUGACCAUUGGUUUCAGAUGAAGAACUUCACCCCCACUGGUCAAGAGGUGACGCUGCAGCACGAGUUCCUCUCGGUCCUCAACACCCUCUGCUCCAGUUUUACAGCAAACAAGCAGCUGUUCACCCCAGAUCCUGUUAAUGCCACAGAGCAGUCCAAAGUGGUGUGGACUUAUUCCAUAAUGAUCAAAGCACUGGUAAAUGUAAAGGGCAGUAAAGCCUGGACUGUAGAUGAGAUUCUACACUUCUGUAGAAAUUCCUGUUCUGAAUCGUAUGGAACAAGCUUCAUCAACACAACACAGUUUGAGAAAAUGUAUAAAAAAGUGUGUGUGUGGAACAGAGCAGUCCCAGAGUGUCCACCUCAGAAUUAUUUACUGAGCACAGCAUCCCCGAGCCCGAGUGCCGGUCUCUCACCCCAACCACCGUCCCUAAAUGCUUCAGCAGAGGCCCAGAACUCUGAUGCACAGAAGACAGAAGGCCCUGUGGUGAUUAUCCUCAUCAUCAUCAUGAUCAUCAUGGCCAUCAUCAUCAUCAUCAUGGGCAUCAUCAUCUUCAGACAACACAAAGGAGAGGGAAACAGUCAGAAAUUCACAGGAAGUUACUGGUUUAAAUCAACAAAGCAGAAAACAAUGUUUAUUAAAAAAUGACACACACAGGUGUGAAACCUUCAACACUGCGAUGGUCAGUGUUCCAGUUGUUCGUACACCAACAUAACAAUUAGCAAACCGUCAGAGUUCAGGAACAGCACUGGGAAUGUGUGAGAGGAAAAACAGCUUCAGAGAAAAAAACACUGUUUAAAGACGCUACAGGAAUCACUCGCUCUUUUCUCUUUUGUAUCUGCUGAAACCGACAGUUUAUUGACAGACCGAUGAAAUACAGACAGUGUUUAAGAGGACAUGUCCGAGCAGGGACGGUUCUGAUAUUGUGUUUUUCUCUGUUAGAAUCAGAAAAAUUACGAGAGAAAUAAAGAGGAUGAAGAAGGUGAGGUUAUUUUCUCCUUAUGAAGAUGAUGAACAGCACAGUGGACAUAACUGCAGUGCACAGUGAAGGGGACUAACCUAAACAUCAGAGUGUUAAUGGCAGCUGGAUUUUACCAGAGCAGUAAAGUAAAAAAACUUACUUUAAAAGUAAGCGAUUCUACCCGUGGGAGGACUUUCUAGUAAGAGAAAGACACUCAUGUGGAAUAAUAAAAACAAAACCCAAAGAAAUAACAAACUAGGAAGAGUGAUCGGUGAACCCGAGCAUCAAGGAGGAGUGAAGACGGCGACAGGGAGACAUUUCUGCUGCAUGCAUGUGACCUGCUUCAUUAUUUAAUAUUCAAGUGAACUUUGAGCAACAUUGCAUCCUGGACUGAAGUGAACUGCAUGCUAACUGACCGCAUCACCACACCAACACACACCAUUUAGAUAACAACAACCUGCAGCUCAUGAGCUAGACACACAGUUUCUGUUCAGUUCAUAAGCUAAUAUAUAGUAUAUGUGAAUGUGCAUGUGUGUGUGUUUGUGUGUGUAAUAUUGUGUGUGUGUGUGUAUAAUAUUGUGUGUAAUACAGUGUGUGUGUAAUAUUGUGUGUGUGUGUGUGUGUGUGGAAUACUGUGUGUGUGUAAUAUUGUGUGUGUGUGUGUAUAAUAUUGUGUGUAAUACAGUGUGUGUGUAAUAUUGUGUGUGUGUGUGUGGAAUACUGUGUGUGUGUAAUAUUGUGUGUGUGUGUGUAUAAUAUUGUGUGUAAUACAGUGUGUGUGUAAUAUUGUGUGUGUGUGUGUGUGUGGAAUACUGUGUGUGUGUAAUAUUGUGUGUGUAAUAUUGUGUGUGUGUGUAUAAUAUUGUGUGUGUGUGUGUAAUACUGUGUGUGUGUAAUAUUGUGUGUGUAAUAUUGUGUGUGUGUGUGUAUAAUAUUGUGUGUGUGUGUGUGUAAUAUUGUGUGUGUGUAAUAUUGAAGUUGUUAUUGAAAAUUCACUUAUAAAAUAGACACAGAAACCUUUUACCUUUUCAGCCAAUCCCAGUCUCCCUUCACCAUUAAACCUGUGAACUGUGGAGGAUCUGCAGAUUUGACCCUGACCUGCAGACUUGACCCUGACUUGCAGACUUGACCCUGACCUGCAGACUUAACCCUGACCUGCAGAUCUGACCCUGACCUGCAGACUUGACCCUGACCUGCAGACUUGACCCUGACUUGCAGACUUGACCCUGACUUGCAGGCUUGACCCUGACUUGCAGACUUAACCCUGACUUGCAGACUUGACCCUGACCUGCAGACUUGACCCUGACCUGCAGACUUGACCCUGACCUGCAGACUUGACCCUGACCUGCAGACUUGACCCUGACUUGCAGACUUGACCCUGACCUGCAGACUUGACCCUGACUUGCAGACUUGACCCUGACCUGCAGACUUGACCCUGACUUGCAGACUUGACCCUGACUUGCAGACUUGACCCUGACCUGCAGACUUGACCCUGACUUGCAGACUUGACCCUGACUUGCAGACUUGACCCUGACCUGCAGACUUGACCCUGACCUGCAGACUUGACUCUGACUUGCAGACUUGACCCUGACCUGCAGACUUAACCCUGACCUGCAGACUUGACCCUGACCUGCAGACUUAACCCUGACUUGCAGACUUGACCCUGACUUGCAGACUUGACCCUGACCUGCAGACUUGACCCUGACCUGCAGACUUAACCCUGACCUGCAGAUCUGACCCUGACUUGCAGACUUGACCCUGACCUGCAGACUUGACCCUGACCUGCAGACUUGACCCUGACCUGCAGACUUGACCCUGACUUGCAGACUUGACCCUGACCUGCAGACUUGACCCUGACCUGCAGACUUAACCCUGACCUGCAGAUCUGACCCUGACUUGCAGACUUGACCCUGACCUGCAGACUUGACCCUGACCUGCAGACUUGACCCUGACCUGCAGACUUGACCCUGACUUGCAGACUUGACCCUGACUUGUAGACUUGACCCUGACUUGCAGACUUGACCCUGACCUGCAGACUUGACCCUGACCUGCAGACUUAACCCUGACUUGCAGACUUGACCCUGACCUGCAGACUUGACCCUGACCUGCAGACUUGACCCUGACUUGCAGACUUGACCCUGACCUGCAGACUUGACCCUGACCUGCAGACUUGACCCUGACCUGCAGACUUGACCCUGACUUGCAGACUUAACCCUGACCUGCAGACUUGACCCUGACCUGCAGACUUGACCCUGACCUGCAGACUUAACCCUGACUUGCAGACUUGACCCUGACUUGCAGACUUGACCCUGACCUGCAGACUUGACCCUGACCUGCAGACUUGACCCUGACCUGCAGACUUGACCCUGACCUGCAGACUUAACCCUGACCUGCAGACUUGACCCUGACCUGCAGACUUGACCCUGACCUGCAGACUUAACCCUGACCUGCAGACUUGACCCUGACCCUGUUGUGUGAUGCAGUAAGAGAUUGUUGUCAUGUGGUUUGUGUCAUGUUUCUUAGCUGUUUCUGUGAUUUCAAACUUUUCAACACUGGGAUCAAUAAUAAUAAUAAAAAUACUUAUUUAUAAUGUUGUGUGUUUAAAAGGUCAAGCUGAGUUUAUUAAAGCUCUGACACACAGGACACAUGGUCACUGCCCCAGAAUAAACCUGAUAUCUCUUAUAUUAAUAAUAAAAUAAAAACCUAUGCAUAUUAAAUAAUAGACUAUAUUUACUGUUAUAUUAUGUAAUGUUAUAUUUAUUACAUUUCAACCUUAAUAUAUUUAAAAAACAAUAAAGUUAUAAAUAAUCAUGUUUCAGAGCUUUAUUUUAUCAUUUAUAAAUAAUAUUAAUAUUUUAUAUUUAUAUGCGUGUUUAUGUUGUUGUGUGUGUUUAUGUCCUG